AUGCUGAACCCUAUACAUCGACUCACCUUGGACUCUUUACCACCAGCGUUCAUUGAGCAACCUACACCUUCAUUAUUCCACAUCCAAGGAGCGACCGCAAUACCAAAGUAUGAAGGAAUACCCAAACUGAUAUGGUAUAAGCUAGGGCCGCGUGGCCUCUCAGAGGAAGCGCGAAAUUGGACCGAUAGUUGCAUCAAGCCCAACCCCGAAUACGAAGCGCGCUUCAUGACCGACGAAAGCAGCGACGAGUAUGUUCGCAAAACAUUCGCGUCUCGGCCCGACAUUGUCGACAACUUCCUAGCGCUACCAGUUCCUAUAUGGAAGGCGGAUAUCCUUCGUUACCUGUUACUCUGGGACCAGGGUGGCAUUUGGUUCGAUCUUGACGUUUCUUGUGAGGGCAUACCCAUCGACGAUUGGAUCCCAGCGGAGUACAAGGGAAACACGAGUCUUGUUGUGGGCUGGGAGUUCGACCAUGGGUGGCCGGGUAAUUACCUGCACCAGAUGGAAAUAUGGGCCAUCAUGGCAAACCCCAGGUCACCACAUCUGAUGCAGUGCAUCAACGACAUCCUGCAGGAGCUAGCUGAUAAGACAGCUGAACACGGUAUAACAGUCGAGAAUACCACGAUGGAUAUCAUGGGAGACACAGUCGAGUUUACAGGCCCGAGACGUCUAACGAGUGCGGUAUACAAGAGCCUAGGUGGCAUGACGAACCGCAAUUUGGUGGGCAGUGAUACGGAGGAGCUUCUGCAGCCUAAGCUUGUCGGAGACGUGCUGUUCAUGCCAGGUCGCUCUUUCGCGCCGAUGACAAACACCUAUAGCCCGGAAGAGGAGGCGAUACUAUCUCCACAGUUAGUAACCCAUCACUACGCUGGAACAUGGAAGAACAGCCACGGUGGCGAAGAUUAA